AUGUUAUUUUCUAAGAUUUUUCUCAGUACUUUGAUCUCCAUGUCCUUUUUCGCUAAUACUUCGGGUAAAGAUACCGUCAUUUUAGUUUCUUUCGACGGUUUUCGAUGGGAUUAUCUCGACAUGAAUCGGACUAAUACAGAAAACUUCGAUUCCAUCAUUCAGGAAGGCGUUCGAGCUGAGUAUGUUCAAAAUGUUUUCCCAACCGUUACGUUUCCGAAUCACUACACCAUUAUGACUGGACAGUAUGCUGAGAGCCAUGGAAUAAUAUCCAAUAGCAUGUACGAUCCCGUUCUUAAUGAAAACUUCAGCAUGGACACGAACGACUCGAAAUGGUGGAAUACGUUCAGUGAACCGUUGUGGAUCACCAACCAAAACCAGGGUCAUAAAAGCGGGAUGUGUUACUGGCCGGGCUAUGAUGUGGAGUACAAAGGGCAAAAUGCAUCGUACACUACAAGUGGAUAUGGUUUUAAUAAACCUUUUUUGACCAAAGAGGGUAUAAUGCCUUGGAAGGAACGAGUUGAUGUCAUUAUAAAAUGGUUGAAAGAACCAGAUCCUCCAUCAUUUGUGACCCUAUAUUUCAAUUCACCAGAUGAUGCUGGCCACUGCUGUGGACCGUACUCAGUAAACGUUACAGAAGAAAUCAGGAAAGACGACAAGAUCACGGGAUACUUAUUGGAGCAAUUGCGUAAAGAAAAAUUAUUGGAUGAAGUUAAUCUAAUUAUCACCGCCGAUCAUGGAACUGGAGCGUACAACACAAGCACAAUCAUCGAUUGUACUGAUUAUUUAACUCCUGGUUUAACGUUUUGGGCUGGAGGAGGAACGUUUUUUUUUUUACACGCUGAUAACGUAACUCGUGCUUACAACAAGUUAAAAGAACGUCAAAAGUUGCAACCCCAUUUCUCAGUUUUUUAUAAGGAGGAAGUACCGGAUGACCUUCACAUAAAACAUAGUAAUCGUGUUCCUGAAAUUGUAGUUAUCAUGGACGAACACUGGAUUGCAGAGAUUUCAAAAGCUCAUAACACAACAGUUUCUGAGCCUGUUGUCACUAAAGGAGCUCAUGGUUGGGUCCCGUCCAUACCAUCAAUGCGUCCGUUCUUUAUUGCACGUGGCCCAGCAUUCAAGGUUGGUCACAAAUUUGGUCACAUAAACAUGGUUGAUAUCUACCCAUUGAUAUGUCAUUUACUUGGAAUAAAACCAGCGCCAAAUAAUGGGUCCCUAGAUCGCAUUGCUCACCUACUGAAAUCUACGCCUCGCACUCUGCUUCGCACCGAAUCAAGUUCACUGAAUGCUGGAGAGAUUAUAGCAUAA